GAAGCUGGAAUAAUUUUCUUUAUUGUAGAAUUGUAUGUUUAGUUUCAGUUUGACUGAGACAAAUAAUAUCUUUCAAGGCAAGUAUGUGAUGAUUUGAGCAUGAAGUUUAAAAAAGGACAAACUGGUAGCUAGCCAAAUAGUUUGUGAAGCUGACAAAAUGCCAAAGAGCAUAGCUAAAAACCUGGUAGCUAGUGUUGAAAGAUUUCUAGAACAGUAUAAACAUUGCUCAAAUGAACCUCUGUGUGUGUGUGUGUGUGUGUGUGUGUCAGAUGUAAUAUAGUUGGCUGAACAGUAUCAAAUCGACUGUGUCCAUAAUUAGCAACAGCGUCUCACCCACUGGGUGGAGAUGUCAUAGUGUCAGAAUCACAUGCGAACUUGCUCGUGUGUCGAGUGUGCACGUGUCAUGUGGUUGGAAGGGUGUGUGUGUGACUACUCUGUUGAAAUAAAAAUGAUAACUUUGUUAUAUAAAUAUAUUAUACAAUUUAUUUUAUUAUAUGGUCUAAAUGAUUUUAAUAUGAUCUAAAAAUGCUCAAAUUUAUUAAACUGGAUUUGAUUCACCGGAAACUGAAUCAUUUGAUUCACCAAAAACUGAAUCAUUUAGUGCAAAUUCAAGUGAAGAGAUGCAUGUGUGUACUAAAAAAGCUCAUCUUCUUUUAAAUUAUAAAUAGAACAAGUGAAUUAUUUGAAUCACACCCAAUGAAUCAGUAGAUACAUCAAAUACUGAAUCAUUACCUUUAGCAAACGAUCGCUUCAUAAGUGAUUCGAGAAUAGAUUUGAUCACAUUGUUGUCUUGGUAUCUUAGAUACAGGACCUCAGCAAUGGUUGUGUCACUAUUAAUGAAUGUCUCUAUUGAUCAGUGUCCGUAUCGAUCAGGGUUUUAAUUGAUUGUCUGUAUCGAUUGAAACACACAAUAUUCUAAAAUCUCUCAUCUCACACACACAUUUAAAACACAGACUGAGAGAAGUGAGUAGGAACUGAGUGUCUGAAGGCGGAUAGUGCACUUUUAUUGUGAAUUUUUUAAAAGUUGAAGUUAAAAGCAGCAGCAGUAUGGGUUUGCUAUUCCGCAGUGAGGAGAUGUGUUUACUGCAGCUCUUCUUUCAAACCGAAUCAGCACUCAGCUGUAUUAAUGAGCUUGGCCUUCUGGGACUUGUCGAGUUCAGAGAUCUAAACCCAGAAAUGAGUUUGUCUCAGAGGAGAUUUGUAAACGAGGUGAAGAAGUGUGAGGAAAUCGAGAGAAUCAUCAAGUUUUUGGAAGGUGAAAUAUUGCGAUGUAAUAUUCCUAUCGCUACUGGAUCACACAGCAAAGAAACUCAGUGUAGCAGAGACACACUGGAGCUUGAGUGUGAGGUAAAAGAACUGGAACAGGAGCUGAAGGAGAUCAGCUGUAAUCAAACAACACUGAAGAGGAACCUGACAGAGCUGCUAGAGAUCAGUGCACUGCUCGGCGUCAUCCAUGACUUCUUCCAGGAGGCUGAGAUGCAGCUGUCCUGCACUGAUCUUCAGUCUGACGGACCGGACAUCGCUCAUCGCCGAAAUAGCAUCAGCACCAUCACAGCUCCUAAACUGAGGUUUAUUGCCGGUGUGAUUAAACACGAUCGGUUUCCUGCAUUUGAGAAAGUCCUGUGGCGUCUUUUUCAUGAGAAUUUUCUGCUGCGCCGUGCAGAGAUUCAACAGCAACCAGAGAACAGCAUAGUGAAGAAAGACGCCUUCAUUAUCUGUGUGCAGGGUGAGAAGGUGCAGGGAAAAAUCAGAAAAAUAUGCGAAGGGUUUAGUGUCAGUUUGUGCCCGUGCCCGAACACUUUACACGCCCAAGAGGAGAUGAAGUGUAACAUACAGACACGCAUCAAAGAACUGCAAAUGAUUUUGCACCAGUGUGAAGAAUUCUGCACUGCAGUUUUGAAUAAAGCAGCAAACAGAGUUACAGACUGGUCCAUCCAAGUGCACAAGAUGAAGUCCAUCUAUCACACACUCAACCUGUGCAACAUCGAUAUCACACACAGACUCACCAUCGCAGAGAUAUGGUGUCCGGUGUUAGAUCUCGGCCAUGUCCAGCGUGCGCUCACUAAAGCUGCUGAGCACGCUGGUUCCAGUGUCAGACCUGUCCUAAAUCGCAUCCAGAGCCAUGAUACGCCGCCCACAUAUAACAGGAUGAACCGUUUCACUGCAGGCUUUCAGCAGAUUGUCGAUACAUACGGUGUGAACAGUUAUCAGGAGAUUAAUCCAGCUCCAUAUACCAUGGUGACGUUCCCGUUUCUGUUCGCUGUAAUGUUCGGUGACUGUGGUCACGGACUCAUAAUGACGUUGAUUGCUGGCUGGAUCAUCAUGAAUGAGCAGAAAUUAAACCAGCAGAAGAAUGAGAUCGUGUCCAUGCUGGUGGGCGGGCGCUACAUCGUCCUGCUGAUGGGCCUUUUCUCCAUCUACACUGGUCUCAUUUAUAAUGACUGCUUCUCCAAAUCCUUCAACAUCUUCGGCUCGUCAUGGAGCGUCAGAGCCAUGUUCUGGCCCAGUGGACCCUGGAAUAAUCAAACCCUGCACAGUUCGAAUCAUCUCCAUUUGGACCCUGCAGUGCCAGGAGUUUACUCUGGAACUCCGUACAUGCUUGGCAUCGACCCAGUGUGGAAUAUUGCAUCAAAUAAGCUCUCCUUCCUAAACUCCUAUAAGAUGAAGAUGGCAGUUAUAAUUGGAGUUUGUCACAUGACCUUCGGUCUGACGCUCAGUGUAGUCAACUACAUACAUUUCAGAAAUGUCCAAAACGUUUUGCUGCGCUUCGUGCCAGAGCUCAUCUUCUUGCUGUCUCUCUUCGGUUAUCUCGUCUUCCUCAUCCUCUUCAAGUGGUGCAUGGGCGUGCAGUGUGACAGCAGUAUCCUCCUCAUCUUCAUCAACAUGAUGUUUUUCAACUAUCAGGCUGACGAGAAAUUCAUCUACAGUGGACAGAAAGCUGUGCAGAUAUUCCUGGUGGUCCAGGCUCUGCUCAUGGUCCCUAUAAUGCUGCUAAUAAAACCCCUGCUCACUUACAGAAGGCAAGAGAAGAUCACAGACCAGGUCAGUCUGAGUGACGUGUUUGUGUGUGAAGCAAUCCACACUAUAGAACACUGCCUCGGCUGCGUCUCCAAUACAGCGUCUUAUCUGCGGCUGUGGGCUCUCAGCCUCGCCCACUCAGAGUUAUCUGAGGUGUUAUGGCGGAUGCUGAUGCGCAUCGCUCUGCGCUCUGGUUCAUCGCUCAUGCUCACGCUGAUCUUCUGCUGCUUUGUGUUGCUAAGUGUGUCAGUCCUAAUAGUCAUGGAGGGACUGUCUGCAUUCCUGCAUGCUCUACGUCUGCACUGGGUAGAAUUUCAGAGCAAGUUUUAUAAAGGAGCCGGAUUUAAAUUUACACCGUUGUCCUUCAAGUCUAAAGAAACACAGCAAUGGUGAAGUAUUAAAUUUGAUAACAAUAAUGAAAUUGUCAGUGUACACAUAUGUAACACAUACAGUAUAUUACAAUAAUGUAUUACAUUAAUAUAUGAUACAUUAACCCAAAGAGCCUGAAUACAACAACAUGUGUACUGUAUAACUCUUUACUCUAACAAGUAACUGUAGUAACCUUGAUGGCAGGGUGUAUGCAGAUGUUAGCAAAGCUAGACGCUUAGUUCUGCUUUCCUGUGGUUUGUAUACAGUAGCUGUAGAGAACAAUAAAUAUUAUUUCUCUUUUUCUUUUAAAUAAAAGUAAAAAUGUGUUAAAUGCUAAACAGUAGAAAUGUAAAUGAAUGUCAGCUGCAUGUACACUGCUUAUUAGUUCAAUAAAAUAUUACUUCUCUGUG